AUGGCAGACGAAGUAAUAAAUGUGGUUGUACCAGAAUAUCUAAGUAAGGGGGCUAUUGGGUCACUUGAUUACAGUAAGGAAGAAAGGAGUUCUCUUGCCAUUAAGUCCCAAAUUCAUGAAUAUAUGUUGAAGAAGGUGACUCUUGCACCUAAACUUAGUCCUAUGACUGACAACCAAGAUGCCUCACAACCUGUAACAGCUGAGGUUGAAGACCAGACAAAUGCAAUUACCGUGACAUCUAUAGAACAUUUGCAAGAAGAAGAGAUGAUUGGGGAUGUACAUGAAUCACAUUUGAAUCUUGAUAUAACUCCCCCAAUAGCAAGAACCAAUGCAAAGUCAAGACCACACAUAGAGCCAACAGUUAGAUCAGCUACGGAACUAGGAGUUCCAAAUGCAGAUGUAGCAAACAUGGACUAUGAAAUGAGGAAUAACCUAAUAAUUAAUAGACAACAUACAUAUCCUGAUGAUAGAGGUCUAAUGUUAUUAGCAUUUGGCUUUUCUGUGGCUAUAUAA